AUGAGUCAUGUACCAGCAGUAGGGGACCCAACAUUCAGUGAUAUGCAGCAAUGGAUACAUUUAGAUGAGAAAUGGUUCUACAUUAAUCCAGAAACAAGAACCUUCUACCUACUGCCAACAGAAGAUGAUCCAUACAGGGCUCAACAAUCAAGGAGGUUCAAGAUCAAAGCAAUGUUUAUGGGAAUGAUAGCCAAAAAGAAAAGCAAGAACAGAGAUGCAAGGACUCUAGAGACAAAGGCAAUUCAAAGUGUCACAAAAGAGUGCAUAAGGGAGACGCUGCUAACACAUGUCAUCCUAACAAUUUAUGAAAAAUGGCCACAACAGUUGCCAAAGGACAUCGUCAUACAAUGGGAUAAUGCUAGGCCUCAUCAGGUACCAAAGGAUGAAGAAUUUCAAGUAGCUUGUCAUGCACAUGGGUUCAACAUUCAAUUCAUAUUACAACCAGCUCAGUCACCAGAAACAAAUGUUUUAGAUUUAGGGUUGUUUAGUGUGAUUCAAUCAUUACAAUAUCAAUCUUUUCCAAGGAAUCUAGAUGACUUAAUCAAGGAAGUGGCUAGAGCUUUUCAAGAAUUUGAUCCUAUACUAAACAAGUACACAUGGAUCACACUUCAAUCCUGCCUGAUUAAGAUACUGGAAAAACAAGGUGGUAAUAACUUCUCUCCCCCACACAUGAAGAAGAGAAGCUUGGACAACCAAGGUCUACUACCACAACUACUUGAAGUAGACAGGGAUCUCAUUGGUCAGGUUGUCCAUUUUUUGGACACAGUCACAAUUACAGAAGAUGAUGAAGGGCACAUGGAAGUAGAUGCAGACUGA